AUGGCCACAUUUUCGAACUCCGAAGCCUUCUACGACGAUCUCUCUGGCAAUUCGCCACGAGCAUUUCGGAACACGCAGCUUAAUCGCCAGAAUGCCAGAAACGAUGGAUACGGAAACAUUGGGCCAGCCAUGUUUGGAAAUGAAGGACCAUUACCAACAAUGCGCUUCGACAAUGUACGGGAUGGAUUCGGCGCUCCCAUGCAGAACCAUGGCGCAGGGAAUGUUCAUUUUCCAUACGAUGCGGGCGCGGCACAAACCUGGAAUUCCAAUGGCGCGUCUCUGCAACCCUUCGGAGGCGGAAUGGGUGGUAUGCCGCAGAAUGGCAACUAUGGCCCUGCGCGAAGCGUGAAACCAAGUCGGGGCCGCGUGGGACUUUCGAACCUUUGGUCCGAACAACCUGCUCAUAUGCAACAGCAGCAAUCUGCCAUGGUUGGCCAUCGACCAGGCAUGCAAGGUCGGAACGACCCGCACGAAGACGACGACGAACUGAUACCGACUGCCAUUGUCAUCAAGAACAUUCCGUUUGCUGUGAAGAAGGAACAACUUGUUCAACUGAUGGUUGACAUGAACUUGCCAUUGCCGUACGCCUUCAAUUACCACUUUGAUAACGGGGUCUUCCGCGGUCUUGCGUUCGCCAACUUUACCUCACCACAAGAGACCGAACAAGUCAUCCAAGCGCUCAACCAUAUGGAUCUCAGCGGUCGGAAGCUGCGUGUCGAAUACAAGAAGAUGCUCCCACUCGCUGAACGAGAGCGGAUUGAGAGAGAAAAACGUGAGCGCCGCGGGCAACUGGAAGAGCAACAUCGACCCCUGCCGCAGACACAACUGCACAAUCAAGUCUCUAUGUCAUCCCUCUCGCGGAACACUCCAUCACCACUAUCACACCGUGGUAGCAAACCUGAUGUGGACAUGAAUGAUCCGAAAACGCUCGAGUUCUAUACCGAAAUGACCCUUUUUAAGCGCGAUCCUUCUCGCGAAGUUCUCAUCUUCCCGCCGACGCUGGAGCCACACCACCGCCGCGUCGUGCACACACUUGCUCAUCAUAUGGGCCUGAUGCACACCUCCCGUGGUACUGGGGAACAGAGACAAGUCCAUAUCCACCGACCUGCCCCAGGCACCAACGUAAGUCCACCGACUCUCGCGGGUGGCUUUAGUUCAAACGACGGUUUGCGCCAGACUCUAGGCAGAUCUUCCACCGCCGACUUCAGCGAGGGAAGGCCAUAUGAUGGUCCUGCCUUUAAUACUCUGCGAGGGCAGUCUUCUGUCGGUCUCCUGGACGUUAUGGAUUCCAAUGCUUUUGGUCGCGCAACUGACAACAACCUUCGCAAUGCAAAGUCAUUCGCCGACCUGCGUUCCUGGAGCCCUUCGCCGGUUCCUUCGUCGGCAAGCUUCCCAGCGGCUCUGCAGACCAAUGGCGCACGUCUCCAAGCCUUAAAUGACACCGCUGGGUCCAGCACUCCUACCUUGGCACCCACCGCGAUGCCCACUGGCCCGAACGCCAACCGAGAUGAACCAUUCCUCAUUUCCUCCUUUUCCAACCUCUCCAUGGGCAACAAUGCAGGUUCGCAAACCAGUCCUCGCCGUCAGCGAAGCUUUUUCGGGAACGGGCCGGAAUGGAAUGAUAAUCAAACGCCAUAUCAGACCGCUGCUCCUAUCGGCAGUAAGCGGACGGUCAGCAUUGGGCCCGACAAUCCAGCCCCAAACUCCAACCCAAUGCGGCAAUCUCGGGGACCAGGCUCGACCAACACCAUCGGAUUCCGCCGACAGAAUGGACGGGGCAGCGACGAAUUAAGAGCAGCGGCAUCCGCCAUUGCUGAAUGA